GCCCAUGGUAGUAAAUAUUUGCAAGUGGUGUUUUAAGACUAUGCGGGUUUUAGGGACGCUUAGACACAGGAUUAACAUAAAUUCCACGCUGUUAAGAAAUAGAUCUAGAGUGUUGAUAUCGAGGGGAUUCAAAAAUCAAAGUGGUCCUUUGCAAGCUGGUGAAUAUGAAUUUCAGGAUCCCAAAUCGGAUGAUGAAAUUGUUAAUAUUGUGUACGUUGACAAGGAUGGCAAAAGAACACCAGUUCGAGGAAAGGUUGGGGACAACGCAAUGUACCUGGCACACAGAUAUGGUGUUGAAAUAGAAGGAGCGUGUGAAGCAUCCCUUGCGUGUUCCACAUGUCACACCUACGUCCACCCAGAUUACUUUGAUCGACUUCCUGAACCUGACGAAAAAGAGGAAGAUAUGUUAGAUGUGGCAGUAUUUCUCAAAGUCAACUCUAGAUUAAGCUGUCAGAUCUACUUAACCAAAGAGCUGGAGGGAAUGGAAUUGACUCUGCCAUCGGCUACGAGAAACUUCUAUGUUGAUGGACACAAACCACAACCUCACUGAUACUUGCCGAUGGCAGCGUUCGACAAACCCACUAGCCCUUGGUCCCGGCUGAUGAAUGUUUGGGCACUAGCCAACGAUUCUGUGAGGGCUGGUGACUUUCUCAAACAUUUGUUGAACACUGCUAAGUCUAUUUUGUGGAUCCAUGCACAAUCACUGGAACAAUAUUUUUAGUAUUUAAUGUUGUUGAAGACUGCUGAGUCUAAACCAAAUAUUCACCAUUUUGUGGAUCCAUGCACAAUCACUAGAACUAUUUUUAGUAUUUAAUGUUGUUGAACACUGCUGAGUCUAUUUUGUGGAUCCAUGCACAAUCAUAGGAACAAUAUUUUUAGUAUUUAAUGUUGUUGAACACUGCUGAGUCUAAACCAAAUAUUCACCAUUUUGUGGAUCCAUGCAGAAUCACUAGAACUAUUUUUAGUAUUUAAUGUUGUCAAGCGCACAAACCUCAACUGUUUAGUUUUUUUCACCUGUCCCAAUCAGUGCCCCAUGACUGGUUUAUCAGAUGUCGUGGUAUGUGCUGUCCUGCUGAAAGUGCAUAUAAAAUAUCCAUUGCUGCCAGUUUUGUCUAAGAAUAUGGGUAAAGAAAGUAACAAAUGUUUGCCAUUCAAUAGGUGAUGAAUACUAAAUCAAGUGUAGUUUCAUUGUCUAAGAAUAUGGGUAAAGAAAGUAACAAAUGUUUGCCAUUCAAUAGGUGAUGAAUACUAAAUCAACUGUAGUUUCAUUGUCUAAGAAUAUGGGUAAAGAAAGUAACAAAUGUUUGCCAUUCAAUAGGUGAUGAAUACUAAAUCAAGUGUAGUUUCAUUGUCUAAGAAUAUGGGUAAAGAAAGUAACAAAUGUUUGCCAUUCAAUAGCUGAUGAAUACUAAAUCAAGUGUAGUUUCAUUGUCUAAGAAUAUGGGUAAAGAAAGUAACAAAUGUUUGCCAUUCAAUAGCUGAUGAAUACUAAAUCAACUGUAGUUUCAUUGUCUAAGAAUAUGGGUAAAGAAAGUAACAAAUGUUUGCCAUUCAAUAGCUGAUGAAUACUAAAUCAACUGUAGUUUCAUUGUUUAGUAGUGUAAUGUGAAACCUCUCCAAACUGGCACAUUUUAUGGUUGUGCUUUGUUUGAAAAACCUCAGAUUGACACAGUGUGUGACAGUGGCAUUAGAUAUGAAAAACUACCACCUACAAUUUUACAGGUCUAGUGGGGUAAUAUAAUAUAAAUUUAGGACCACCUUGACUUUAAAGAGUUAUCGUUAUUAGGCCUAAACAGUUGUAUGUUUCUACUAAACUGCUAACAAAAAUGAGGUAGAUAGGCUUUUUUCUAUUCUUUAUUUAAAUCUAUAUUCACCCCUAAUCCAGUUAAAAUGUUAUGUAUUCACCUACAUAUUAAUAAAUAAUAAUACAUUCGAAGAAAAUCAGUGUUGACCCUUUUUCUAGGUAGGAUUGGGUUCCCGAAAACACACAUAAUUUUUGUUUAGGCAUUAUUAUUAUUGUUGUUUAUUUAUGUGGAUAUUGAGCUUCAGCCACAUGUAUACUAGGUCUUAGGUAAAAUUGUUUAUUUACAAAAAUACUUCCGUUUGUUCGUCUCAACAAAUAAAUACAUACCCUGCUUUUUCAGUUUUUUAUAACACUAUCUUACUGUAACAUUUUUUACAUUUAAAUUUAAAGCAUAAAAUGAAUAAAUAUAUUUGGAAUUACUUUAGGCUGAAUUUUUUAAAAUUUCAUUUGGCCACAGGAAUAACUAAAUUUGUACGUACAAAAUUAUUUAAAGAAAAGAUCGGUAUUUAGAUACUACAGGACAUUAGUGUGUCCAAAAAUGCAUAGGUUAUGGAGAUAUUUAUAUUCUAAGCAAGAAAAGGUAAAUAAAUUGUAAUUUUAAUAAUGUAUAAAUAUUUUAUAUGCCGAAAUUUGUUUAAAAUGGUUAAAAACAUAGAAUAGUCUCUUAAAUACAAGAUGUUUGGAACCCAAUCUUUGUUCUGUAUUAAUGUUUAUGUAUACAGACAUCAGCCACAUUAAUACUGGAGUGUGUUAUAGAUACAAGCUUUAGUAACUGUAACACUGAAUCUAUGUUCUGUAUUACCAUUUGUGGAUUUUAGCCAUAGUGAUAUUAUCA